AUGUCGAGCGCGGGGCGACGCGUGCGCGGAUUGCUUGGACACGUCGCGCCGACGUCCGGGGCCGACGACGACGGCGCGCCCGAUGGCGUGGGCGUCCUCGAUUGGUUCUUCGGCGUCGCCGCGAUCGGGUCGAGGCGAUCGAGCUUCGUCGUCGCCGUGCUCGGCGCCGCGGGAGGGAUCGGUCAACCGCUCGCGGCGUUCGUCAAGGCGAACGCGCGCGUGCGAGAGCUCAGAUUGUACGACGUCGCGCCCGUGGUCCGAGGGGUGGGGGUGGACCUGUCGCACAUUAAUACGCGAGCGAAAGUGCGCGCGUACGUGGGAGACGCCGAGUUGGACGCGUGUUUGCGAGGGUGCGACUUGGUCGUCGUCCCCGCCGGGGUGCCUCGCAAGCCGGGCAUGUCGCGGGACGACUUGUUCGGCGUCAACGCCGGGAUCGUUCGCACGCUCUGCGAAGCGAUCGCUCGUUCGUGUCCCAACGCGCUGGUGAACAUCAUAUCCAACCCCGUGAACUCCACGGUUCCCAUCGCCGCGGAGGUGUUCAAGCGAAGCGGUUGUUACGACGCGCGCAAACUCAUGGGAGUGACGCACCUGGAUGUGAUGCGAGCGAGGACGUUCGUCGCCGAAGCGAAGGGGUUCGACGAUCCCACGAUCGUUGAUGUUCCCGUGAUCGGUGGACACGCGGGGGCGACCAUCUUGCCGCUGCUCUCGCAGACGACUCCGCGUUGCGCGUUUACGGAUGAAGAGGCGGCGGCGUUGACGCGUCGCAUUCAAAACGGGGGCACCGAGGUCGUCGAGGCGAAGGGUGGCGCGGGAAGCGCGACGCUUUCCAUGGCGGCCGCCGCGGCGGAAUUCGCGGACGCCUGUCUCAGGGGACUGAGCGGUGAGUCGGGAAUCUGGGCGUGCGCGUACGUGGAGAGCUCCGUCGCGAGCGCGCCGUUCUUCGCCACCAAGGUUCUGUUGGGGAAACACGGCGUCGAACGCGUCUCGGGGCCGGGCGCUAUGUCUCCGUUCGAGAAGCGGGCGAUGGAGAACAUGUUACCAGAACUACAGGCGUCAAUUAAUAAGGGAAUCAAUUUUGUCGGCUAA